UCAUCGUUUCAUCUUUCGCGUCCGCCCGUCUGUGAAGUUAUGAAAUAACUUCGGCUUUUUAACAAAGUUUUAGAAUAUUUUAUGAGAUUGUUUUAUAAACUCGAAGUUUUAAUUAUCUUCUAACAACUAUCUUCUGUAAGUUCUGUUGGUUUAUGCCUCCCAAAAUUUUGCUGCGUCGAAGCCUAACGACAUCAAUAGGCAUCGUGACCGUAACCAGUAAACAUUUAUCAGGGUCAUCGUCAUCAUCAUUCGCCGCGGCGCCGUCGUUGAUUCGCGAGUUUUGCCACCGUCGUCCGACGCUUCCGUUGCUUCAAUCAAACGUCAUCAGCAGUAGUGUCUGUGGAGCUUUCAGUGCGUUUGCAUCUUCGACUACUACGGCGGCAGCGACCUUCGGGAGACUCGGUAAUCAAAUUAACUGUAAUCUACUUCAUCCGGUACACGGCGGCUGUGCUAUCACCAGCAAGAGAAAAAUGAGCUCUGAUUCGUCCAAGCCAAAGAUUGUAUUCGUGCUGGGGGCACCCGGGGCCGGUAAGGGAACGCAGUGCGAAAAAAUCGUGGAAACAUUCGGAUUUACACAUCUCUCCGCCGGUGAUCUGCUGCGGGAGGAGCGGAAGCGCGAAGGUUCCGAGUAUGGGGCACUCAUCGAGGACAACAUCAAGAACGGGCGAAUCGUACCGGUGGAGAUUACUUGUGCGUUGCUGGAGAACGCCAUGAAUCAAACGAAACAGGCCACCGGCAACGAUAAAUUCCUGAUCGAUGGUUUCCCCCGAAACGAGGACAACCUGCAGGGCUGGAACCGCAAGAUGGCCGACAAAGUCCAGCUGUUGUUUGUGCUGUUCUUCGAGUGCUCCGAGGACCAGUGCGUCGAGCGGUGUCUGAAGCGGGGCGAAAGCAGUGGCCGCUCGGACGACAACUUGGAAAGCCUGAAGAAGCGUUUCAACACCUACAUCAACGAUACGAUGCCCAUCAUCGAGCACUAUCGCAAACAGGACCUGGUGAAACCGGUCGAUGCUGCCCCCGCCCCGAGCGAUGUAUUCGAAACAGUGAAGCUCGCUUUCGAAAGUGCAAACUAGGAAAAUGUGCGUAUCGGAAGGUAAGGUGUGACGGUUAUCCAAUAAUUUAAUGUUUAGAUUGUUUCAUACUUAAAGGCAGCAAUCAUAGUGGCAAGCAUAUUGUUCUAAUCGAGUCAUUCCGUACAAUUUGAACGUUUGAAUCGGCACUAAGUCCGUACAAGUUGGAUUCCGCAAUCCAAAUAGCUACCAAAAACGACUUUUACUGCAUCCUAACUAGAAAAAUUUCUCAGUCAUGCAUCAAAACCAGAUGUAUCUAGUAUUUAUGUGUGGCAAGUACUGUUGGAACUGGAUAACAGCUUCUCGUCGGUUAAGUAUUAGUAGAAAAAGAAACGAAAUGCUCAUACCUGUUGGUUGUUCGCUUGGAAGGGUUUAUAGAACAAUUACAUAGACAUUUAAUAGCUCCUCGGAAUGAACGAACUGUUAGUAAAAACGGUGAUCAACGUCAAUAAACUGAAUGGGCAUUUUUCAUUGA